CCCUGACAUCAUAUAUAAUUGUUAGAAGCAAAAUAAUAUCAUUUUACAAUCUUGCGCGGUUCGCCACUCAGAGACUCAACAAAUUGCUUCGCCUUUGGCUCUAAAGUGACUAGCAAAUCACGUGUCCUCAUUCUCGUCGAGAGUAUGUUUUCUCUCUCUGUUCAGACUUCAGAGUACGCUUCCUCUCUCACGGUGGGUUUCAUUAUGCCAUACCACUGAAGAACGAAGUUUAUCUCUCUCUUGUGACUUGUGAGCAAUUCAAAUUGCGGAGAACAGAACCUACACACUGCAUUGGAAGAUACAAGAAUAUCAUCAGUUUCUCCUAUUCAUUAACUCCAGUUACUCACUGAAGAUAACAUUGGAAGCAUUGGGCAAUAAAAAUGAGCAAUUCCUCUGCUGGAACCUCAUCAAAACCAAGAACAGCUUCCUCACAACCAUCAGAAACUUCGUCCAAGCGCAAAAGAGGAGUUUUCCAAAAAGAAUUGCAGCACAUGAUGUAUGGCUUUGGAGAUGAUCCUAAUCCACUUCCUGAAAGUGUGGCUCUUAUGGAGGACAUUGUUGUGGAGUAUGUCACAGAACUGGUACAUAAAGCCCAAGAUAUUGGAUCUCAGAGGGGGAAGCUAUCAGUUGAGGAUUUCCUCUAUUUGAUUCGCAAGAGGUUAAUUUUCUGGUUCGUCAAAGGCUUAAACAUGCAUUGGCAGAAAACCUUCCUGCAUGAAAGUUACGCCAUCAUUUUUCAUUUAGGUGAGCAAAUGUACCAUGAUACUAUAAGAAACUAGUGAAGACUGUUUUGUUCUAAAAUGAAGAAAAAAUUGAACUCACUUCUUUGGUGGUUGGUAUUGACGAUUGAUUAUGCAACAACCUUCUUGACGAUCUUAUUCCGGAGAGACAGCAGUUAAGAAAUUUGAAAUUGGCACACAAGCCUAGACGCCGUUCACACAACAAAAAAAACCUGGAAUGUUGCAGCCUUCAUAGAGAAGAUUAUGAGCUAACAUACCAUUAGUCAUAAGUUAAUAUGCUCUAUAUUAUAAACAGCAGAAUUACACUACAAUCAUAUUUGUUUUCCGUUUCAUGAUAAUCUUUUGUUGUUUGUCUAAGAU